GGUUGUUUGUUAUGGCAGCCUCUUGUCAUGCAUGUGAGUGUUAUUUUGAUUCUCAUUUGUAAGAGUUCUCGCAAAAAUGAGCAAAACAGUGGAUGAUGUCGUGGAAAGCGGCGGAAUCGAAGUCAUUAUUCAAAACGAAAGCGAAAAAACUGCACCACGAUGUCCUCAUGGACCCGCUCUGCUGUUCGAGAAAACUGGCCACGGAGAAGAAAAUGGCAGGAGGUUUUACGCGUGCUCUGCUUGUCGGGACAGAAAAGACUGCAACUUUUUUCAGUGGGCAGACGAGAAGAUAUCAGAAGCAAGGAUGCUGGCCAGAGAGGAACAAAACCGCUCCAAGAAGCCUCUUUUCACUCAUCAACAAUACUGCUCCAGAUUUCUCGAGUUUGCUUCUCUCCCGCUGGAGCAGAGAAGGUUUUGUGUGGACUGCCAGCUGUUGAUUCUCCCUGGAGAAUGGACGAAUCACACCAAACACAAAGCACUUUCUGAGGACGUCACAGUCCAGCGGCUGAAGAAACCCAGUCUGCUGCUGAGUCCUCUGGACAACAAGAAGAGCAACGCACAGUAUCUGUUUGCAGAGCGGAGCUGUCAUUUCCUCCUGGACACACUCUGUACGUUAGGCUUCCGGAAAUUACUCUGUGUAGGAACACCACGAUUACAUGAGGUGAUUAAGAUGCGGAAUCUGGAAGGCAAGAGUCCUGUCAUGAGGAGUUUAUUGCUGGAUAUUGAUCACAGGUACUGCCAGUUUUACGGACAGGAUGAGUUCUGCCGCUAUAAUAUGUUCAACCAUCACUUCUUUGAUGAUGAGGAAGCGGUCAAGUUUUUUCAAGGCUUUCUGCUAGAGGAAGGAGGAGAGAAGUUAGUCAUGAUAACAGACCCGCCAUUUGGAGGCCUGGUGAAGCCGCUAGCCAACAGUUUCUCUCAGAUAUCAAUGACCUGGAAACAUCUAAAUAAAGUGAGCGAUGCUUCAGCUGAGAUGCCAAUGAUCUGGAUUUUUCCAUACUUCUUUGAGUCCCGUAUCCUUGAGUGUUUCCCCUCUUUCUCUAUGCUGGAUUACCAGGUCGAUUAUGAUAACCACCCUCUGUAUAAACAUGGAAAGACGGGCCGUAAACAAUCACCUGUUCGACUUUUCACCAAUCUGAGCCCCAAAGAUAUCAUUCUACCAGAGGCUGAAGGUUACAGAUUUUGCAGUAUUUGUGAGAGGUGUGUGUCAGCAGGAAACAAACACUGCCCAAAAUGUGACACGUGCCCAUCAAAGGAUGGAAGAGAAUGGAGACACUGUGAUGAAUGUGAACGGUGCGUGAAGCCUUCGUGGCGUCACUGUUCCUCUUGUGGUCGCUGUGCUCUUCCCGAUCACCCCUGUGGUCAGAGGCAAACCGGCUGUUUCAAAUGCGGCAGCCAAAAACACAAACUCAGAGGAUGUCCUAAGAAACACAAUAAACGAAUGCUUGUGUCGGAUGACCACGGCGCUCCAGGCCUGUCGAAACACAAAGCAGGCAAAUCCAGAGCUAAGAACAAGCGGAAAAGAAGAGCUACAUAAUCUCACACGCAGUGCAUCAUGGGAACAGUGGUUUUGUGGCUGAAAAUUCAUCAUAAAAGUGUGAAACAGUGAUCUGGUGUUAAACCUGUAUGUAUAGCAGAAGGCUGUUGUGGAAUUACCGCCAUAGUUGUUGUUUCGCCAUCUUGGUUAUGCGUUCAUCACAAGAUCAUCAUACAGUAAAACCUUCUCAGUACUAAUGACAGGCUGUGUGAACAAACCUCACGAACAGACUUCAAAGAUGCUUUGUUCAGAGGCCAUCUGUGGAUAAAACUAUAAAU